AUGGAUUUUGGAAGGAGAAGCAAUCAGAAGUACACUUUUAGGACUCCUAAGUUAGAGGACUUGAGAAAGUUAGUAUCUUUAGAUACUAGUACUGAGAACUUCCAAGACCGAUAUGGAAAGCUUUUGUCUAUUCUGGGUACUAAUAUGGAAGAUGGGAUCCUCAACACUUUGGUCCAGUUUUAUGAUUCUAUGUAUCAUUGCUUCAGUCUCCCGGAUUAUCAACUUAUGCCCACUUUGGAGGAGUAUCCAUAUUUGGUUGGUUUGCCUAUUUCUAAUCUGAUUCCAUUUUCUAGUUUAGAAGAAGAUCCAAAGCCUCUUGAUAUUGCCAAAGAUCUUCAUUUGAAGAAAUCCGAGAUUGAAGCUCAUAUGACUUCUAAGAGUGGUAUUCAAGGGAUUCCUGCCAAGUUCUUGAUAGGAAGAGCUCACUAUUUUGCUGGUAUGAGGAGUGUGGACGCAUUCGAGGCUAUCUUUGCUCUAAUCAUUUAUGGAUUGGUUUUGUUCCCCAAUAUUGAUAACUUCAUAGACAUUAAUGCCAUAAAGAUAUUCUUGAUUGGAAAUCCAGUUCCAACCCUUCUUGGAGACACUUAUUAUUUUAUUCACCAUAUGACUUCGAAGAGUAGGGGAAUAAUUGUUUGUUGCACGCCUUUGCUGUACAAGUGGUUUAUUUCUCACUUUUCGCAAUCUGCUUCCUUUUGGGAUCUCAAUAAUGGAUUAAGAUGUUGUGGUGAGUUUUCCAAUGUACCCCUUCUUGGUACAAAGGGAGGCAUUAACUACAACCCAGUUUUGGCACGUCGUCAGUUUGGGUAUGCUAUAAGGGGUAAACCAAACAACAUUUGGUUGAGUAGUUUCUAUCUCAAGGAAAAUGAAGAUAAUAGAGCUUUCAAGGAGAAGAUUGUUCGUGCUUGGUAUAAUAUUCAGAGGAAAUGA